UUCCUUCAGAGGCCUUUGGACUGCAGUUGAUAAGCAGCCACGCAACGCACGUCACAUACAAUCCCAUCCUACGAACAGAGAACGUCUAGACUUCAGGAAACGAGCAGACCACAAGUCCUUUCUUGAGUUUGCGUCCCUCGAGACCAGCCACUUACAUUGGAGUGAAUCAAAUCCAUGUGAUUGUUUCUCAAGUCCCGCUAAUAGGAGCAUAGGGCGGAUGAUGGACCUCAUCCCGUAAUGCUGAUGCUGAUGCUGAGAAAAAAAGAGGCAAACAAGCUGGAUUCCUAUUUGACUCUUUUGUGGCUCAUAUCAUAUGUCACUACAUGCUAACAUCCAUGUCGAAACUGCGCGUCCGUGCCUCCCAGCCACAAGAACGUAAGAUGUGUCUCCUCGGAACGUCCACCAGGUCGUUCCAUUAAGAUUUGAUCGCCAGCAAACUUGAUUUGAGGCCAUCACCAUCAGAAUUAAUCACCCCAUUUUUGCUUGGUCUCCAUCAGUCCAGCAGUGGCGGGCUACCCGUUAAACUAGGAAGCCGUUUUGUGUUAUUGAACCCUGCGGCGUUCGUGUCGUAUCAAAUAACCUAUCAUCCCUAGAAGCAGAAGAAAACCGAUCAUUCUUAUUGUUGUUGUUGUUGUGAUUGGACCACGGCUCUGGCAGUCACGUCAAGAUCAAUAAGAUUACGGGAAUGCGCCACUGGGGUGCCAUUUUGCUAGCCCCGUGCAUACCGAAGGGAAGACCUCACUAGUGCUUAUUGUAUAUGCAGUCGAUCUGUGAAAUCUAGCGCACCGCUUUUUUGAUCCCGUAUUUCCAAGUACCGCAGCCAAUAUCGGCUCCGUGGCGUCGCUAUUCAGCAAACCACGUUGCAGGCGUGACAUGACCACAGAUACUCGGCUAACAUAACAUAGCUAUAUUUGCAAGCACAAGUUGAAUAAUGAGGCUAGAGCGUCAAGCUCGUUCAUUUCCGACAUGCAUGGACUCCCAGAGCAAUUCAAUUGGGAGUUAUCUUUGCAAUUCUCGUUUAUUCCGGAGCUACCUACGAAAACAGAAUCGGUCACUACACAAUCCGCCCCACAUUGAGGGCAAAUAAGCUUUCAAACAAGCAAGCUUGUACGCCACUUCUCAGUAUCAGCAGACUAAGCACAGUAUUGAUUCAUUGCAUCUUUGUGCGACCAAUAACGUGGAAACAGCCAACGCCAUCG